AUGACUCAAAUUGUUCGUUAUGUAGUUGAAUCCAAUGAUAAAUAUACAAUUGAGGAAAGUUUUAUCGAUUUUAUAACUACAACUAAAAAAACAGGCCAAGGGUUAGCUGAAGAAAUUUUAAAAAAACUUUCCGAAGAUGGAUUAGAAUUUAAAAAUUGUCGCGGUCAAGGUUAUGACAAUGGUGCCAACAUGGCUGGAAAAAUUAAAGGUGUCCAAUCUCGAUUACAGGAAAUAAAUAAACAUGCACAAUUUUGUCCUUGUACUGCGCAUAGUCUAAAUUUGGUUGGAGCCCAUGCAUCUCGAGUUUCAGUCAGAAUGUUGAAAUAUGUUAUACAAGCAUUACAACACAUAUCUGAAAAUUCAGAAUUUGGGGAUGGUUUCUCCGGUGCUCAAAGUCUACUUGGUUUAAUUAAUGUUGAGUUUGUCUAUCUUUUGGUUAUGUGGGACUCAAUUUUAAAUCAAGUAUAUAAAGUUAAUAUUACCUUGCAAAAAUCAAAUAUUUCUAUUUCUAAUGCAUCAAAAAUUGUGAUGGGCUUAAAAAAUGCUUUGGAAGAAAUGCGAAAUGAGGGAUCAGAAAAUAUUAAUAUUUUAAAAAUGAGUGGUGAACAAGCAUCUGAUUCAACAUUUACUAUACAACAGGAACUUAAAUUGGAGUACAACCAAGUUAUGGACACUUUAAUUUCACAAAUAUCUUGGCGUUUUGAAGCAUUGUCGAACAAUGCUAACGAUUUUGAAUUUCUUUCUGGGUUCCAUCUUAAUACGUUGUCGAUUGAAGAUCUUAAAAAACACGCUGCUGAUCUAGUUUUAAAAUAUAGUUCAGACCUGAAUAGUGAAUUACUGAAUGAAAUUGAAUGUUUUAAGUAUCAAGGAGAAGCGAUUAUACCUAAUUUAAAAAUGGCAUAA